AUGUCCCCAACGUUCGAAUACGAAGUCCCGCUCCGCUCUCCAUCCUCUUCAUCACCAGCAACAAAGCGCUACCACGCAAAUGGCGCGACUCACCACGGCAAAUACUCUCCCUCCACCCGCCCCUCUGACAUCCCACGCAUCCUCGACUCGUCAUACUCCUCUUCCACCUCGUCAUCCCCCACCUCCUUCUCCAUCGACCAGCAAGGUGCUCUCCACGAUCCAGACUACCGCGACUUCCCCGCCAUUCCCACACAUAACACCCGUCGCCGUCCGGCUUGGGAACGCGGUGGUUUCGCCUCGGACGAUGACGAGGACGCCUACAUGAGCCCAGACGAGGACUACGUCGACGAGGACACGUUCGACGAACGCUCCCGUCUGCGUUCCGCCUCUCCGCGCGAACGUCGGCGGCGGUCAGUCGAGCCGCGCUACCCUGCAUACCACACCGCCUCCACCUACAGCUCCCCAUACUACUCGCGUAACUCCUUCGAAGAAUACUCCCGUCCAUCCAUUGUCGACGAGUCGCUCGAGAAGAAGCAGAGGAGGAAGUUGAGGUCAAAGGUAGUGAGUCAGGGUCACGUUCACGUAGAGGAGUCCGCCUGGACUCAGGAGGCAGAGGUGAACGAUCUCGAGGGAGCCGCCAAGGAGAGCACAGAGUCGUCAGAAGAAUAUAUUUCCCAGCAGAUUCAUGAGGCACCAGAGUGGACGCCGACGUGCACGCAGUCCAUUCGCCGCCAAUGGCAAUCAUGGUCUCUCAGCGUCCGCUUUAGCAUCUUCCGCGCUCAACGUCGGUUGAAGCGAAAGGUCAAAGUAGGCGCAUGAUCCUUCACCCCCUUCAUGCCGAUACACGCACACGCCUCUGCCUACUGCAAGCACCUAUGCGCCAUGUUUCCCUCAUCAACGGGACUGGCACAACUUACUCGCAUCGUACAUCUCUACACAUGCGAAACUUUCACGACUCGAGCGACCCGACGAUCACGGCUGCCCGUAUCUGCAUCCGCGUCGGCGAAGCACGACCCCCACGAUCAUCCUCGGCCAUUCACUACGCGACUAGUGGUGCUCGGGCGAGCGAUCGUUCAUGUCAUUGUCCAUUCUAUUCUGUAUAGAGGCGCGGAUUGUACACCCUCAUACCCCUCCAAUCACCUUCCAUCUUCCACCAUUCCCCAUUCUUCACGACCCCUCCGACCCAUCGCGCAUCAUAUUGUACAUAUCCCUCAUCACGCCCUCACGUCCCACCUCGCAUCGAGCGAGCGGGCAAACGUUCCAUAUUGUCUCUUUCAACGUACUUACAACAUCCUUAUGCAUCUCUUUCCUCUUUCGGAGUACAAAUUCGAACUUGUUUUUUGUCUUUGUUUUUUCGCUUUCGCUUUGUGUAUAUUGCAUCCCUCGUUUAUAGGUUUCCUUUCUUCUUCUUUACUACCUCUUUCGACGACUAUAUACUUUUCAGUCGACGCCUUCGAUGUUCGUUGUUCAUGCAAUGGUUAUGGUUCAUGGUUACGGAUACGGAUACGGUCAUGGUUACGAACGAGCAAUAACUACCUUUGUAUAACAGCACAAGCACACAAGCACACACACACUCCUUUUUCCUAUCCCCCUUUUCCCGUUUCUCAUCCUAUCCCC